CCUCGAUCGGUCUUGAAAAUUUUCAAGAAAUUUACGAUAAUAGGCAUAGAAAUAUCAAUCGCCCGACGUUGAGCUAGGCAAGUUAUUCUUCUGUUCAGAAGAAGUUAAAAGAAAAACGGUCCCUAAAAAGAUCCCCUCCAUUUCAUGCCGUGCUCAAUUUUUUAUAUCUUCCCUCCGGCAAGCUCAACCAAAAGCAUGCCGUGUUAUAUUUAAAGGUCCGGCCUUUAAGUUUUGCUUGGCUUUCCAGUAACAACAACAUCAUUCCCAUUCUGAGCAAACCAGCACAAAAGAGGAAAACAAGGGUGGGGACAGCCAUCAUGUGUCGCAAUUGGAGGAAAUUUCUUUGCUCGCUAUGGCUAAACACCUCAACCUGAUGAUCAGCCAUGACAAUCCACUGGGACACUCGCCCUCCUCCCGUUCUCCUCCUCCCACUCUCCGCUUUCGAUCGCCACCAUGGUCUCCGCUGCCUUGCCCUGCUUUUGCUUGCCUUCCCGGCCACCGCGCAGUUCCCCGCCUCGCCUCCGCCCCCGCCCGCCGACCCUUUUGCCAGGCUUAAGUUCGACAAGAACAUGGCCAUCAUCAUGGUCAUCCUGGUCCUCGUGUUCUUCUUAUUGGGCUUUCUUUCCAUCUACACUCGCCAAUGCGCAGAGCGCCGGAUGAGGGGAAGACUCGAUCUUGCACUCCCGAUCAGCAUCAGCAGCCGGCGACCGCGAGGUCUUGACCCUGAGAUCAUCGACAGUUUUCCCACUUUCGUCUACUCCUCCGUCAAAGGGCUUAAGAUGGGGAGAACCUCACUGGAAUGUGCCGUCUGUCUGAACGAGUUCGAAGACGACGAAACUCUGCGUUUGAUCCCCAAAUGCAGCCACGUGUUUCAUCCCGAUUGUAUCGAUCUCUGGUUGUCUUCCCACUCCACCUGCCCCCUCUGCCGGGCCAACCUCGUUCCAAAACCCGGUGAUGCGUCCUUCGUCGCCAUUCAGAUCCCCAAUCCGGCCGUCGACAACACCCAGUCCAAUUCGAGCUCCGCACCCCGUGAGGGACCCCAGGACAACAUAAACACGGUGGCACCGGAGUCUCCGAUUCUGAGCCGAUAUCACACCGUGAGCCGGGGUUGGACACCUAGGUCAAAGUCAACGGGCUUUCGUGUGGCCGGGUUAUUGCCGCGUUCUCAUUCCACGGGUCAUUCCUUGCAGCUUCAACCCGGGGAGAACUGGGAGAGGUUUACUCUGAGAUUACCAGAGGAUGCCCGUAAACAGUUAUUAAACCGCACAAAUAGCUGCGUAGCGUUUACAAGAGAGAGCAGUCAGAGGAGGGGUUAUAGGACAAGAAGCGUGGGGAGCGGAUGGGCCAAGAACUAUUUGCAGUACGAGCGAUUCGGUGGCGAGGGGCGGUCGGAGCAUUGGGCGUUCACUUCGAGGCCGCCGUUUCUGAGCAGGACUAGUUCGACGGCGGCCGACAAGGCACCGGUGGGUCCAUCGGGGGUGGGUUUGGACGACAUCGGGGAACUAUCUUCUGAUCCACUGUUCCCGGGGAACAAAGAUUAGAUCAUAGGAGAGGUAGCUUAGUUUUUCAUUUCACAAAGGAAAGGUUCCAUGUUCAUAGCAUGACAACACUUUUUGUUUGCCCCAUAUAUUUCUCCCACGUAUUUAUAUUUGUUUUUAGUUCGUUUCAGGUUUCAUUUUCGGAAAAUGGAACCCCAAUGAACUGGAGGUGCGAUUUGAGAAUUCCAGAACAUGAUUUUGUAAAAUAUAAAAUUACAAGUUUGUCGCAA